AUGAAGGCCUCCGCCCUCUUGUUCUACCUCUUCACCGUCAGCGUCACUGCGGUCUCAGCACGGUCUCUCUUCACCUCGAAUCAGAAUGCUCUUGUGGACGACCCAAGUUUCCCAGUACCUGGAAAGAACCCACUGAACUUCUGUGCCGAUCCUGCAGAUUAUAUCCUCACCAUCGACUACGUUGAUCUGUCACCCAAUCCACCUGUUCCUGGCGAGAAGCUAACGAUUACGGCCAACGGCACCUUUGCGAAAGACAUUGAACCGGGCGCGACCGUCUUCCUCCAAGUCAAAUAUGGAUUGAUUACCCUUAUCAAGCAAGAGGCAGAUCUUUGUGACAACCUGCCUCAAGUGGACUUGAACUGCCCAUUGGAGAAGGGUGUGUUGACAUUGAAGAAGGAGGUUGACAUUCCCAAGCAAGUCCCGCCUGGAAAGUACACCGUGCUCGCCGAUGUCAACACUGUGGACAAGGAGAAGGUUACUUGCAUGGAAAGCACAGUCGUCUUCUCCAGACAGUGA